CGCACUUUGUUACGCAUUUGGUAAGACGCCGGUGCGCUUUUACGCACAGGAGAAGCAACUUAAUCUGUACUCAGGUUAACUUUGAGACUCAUGAGGACAUUUGAAGGAGGGACGUUUUGGAUGUGACGCACUUUUUGUUUAAAGGGGGUAAUGAGCUGAAACCUGGACUGGGACCAUCUGACUUGUAGUUUUUGUGGAGGACAGUGAGCAGGAUGAGCAAACCAAAGAAUAAAAGCGACAAUAAGACGGAAAAGGCUUUGGCUGCGGAGAAGGAGCAGUUUGGUAAACAACAGCUCCACAGUAUCAGCAAAACGCUCACCACAGGUGAAACACCACCCAAAGAGAAAUAUGUGCGCCACAUCAUCAUGGGGAGUCACAAGGAGGGUGGAUGCUCCACCUUCUGGUCCUACACCCUGAACUUGCCUCUGUCCAGUAACGCCCUGAUCAGCUGGAAGUUCUGCUAUCUGCUGCACAAACUGCUCAGGGACGGACACAGAAAUGCUGUUAGAGAUUCUAGCCGAUACUGUCGCAACGUGAAAGACAUGGGCAUCCUCUGGGGAAACUUGCAUGAUCGAUAUGGCCACAUUGUCGCCCUGUCAGCCAAAUUCCUCUGCCACAAAAUAGAGUUUCAUGCAAAGCACAAGGUGAUUCCAGGCAACCUGGAGGCCAGUGAUGAGACUUUGGAGAAGGAAGCAGGAACUGACAUGAACAAAGUGUUGGAUAUGACACAGGAGCUGUUGGAUUACAUGGAGGCUGGACUGAAGAUGGCUGAGACAGUUCUGCGUCAGCUCGACACCAACGGGGCCAAAUCUACAACUCCGGCUGGAAGGUGCAGGCUGACUCCUCUGAUACCGCUCAUACUGGACUGCAGCUUCCUCUACCACUUCUCUGUGCUGCUGAUGUUUAAACUCCACAGCCGCAUCACCCCAGAUGCUCUUCUUGGACACAGAGAGCGGUUCCGUGAUCUUUUUACAAGCCUCACACAGUUCUUUGACAGAGCCAGGGAAAUGGAGUACUUCAAAAGUAUCAUCCAGAUCCCAGAUCUCCCAGACUCUCCGCCAAACUUCCUCCGAGCUGCUGCCUUCGCCGAGUAUAAAAAGCCCGUGGUGGUGAUGCCCAGCGAGGAGCGGCAAGAGGACGAGGAGGUGGAGCCACAGUCGGAGUUUAGAGAAGCACCGCCACAGUACUAUUUGCUCAGCCAAAUGGCAGCACCCGAUGCUUCUCUGGAGCAGAGAGAGACGGAGAGUGAGAGCAUGAGGAGGGAGCUGGAGGUGCUGAAACCAGAGCUGCAGCUCAUCAGGACCGAGGCUCAGAGGUGUGUGACUGAGUUAAAGGCUCAAGUGAAUCGUCUGGAAGCUGAGCUGGACGAGCAGCGCACCCACAAGCAGAUGGCAAUGGUGGAAAACGAACACCUGCGGGUGGAAAUGGAGGCUUUGCGGAGCAAUAACGUCGCCAAUGUGGGGGCUCAGAUUGGACUGAAGGAGGCAGAUGGCAGAGCUCAGGCGGCGGAGGUUCGUUUCACUCAGCUCAAAGAGAGACACGCCGAGCUGGUCACCAGUCACGCUGACUUAAUGAAGAAGAACACAGAGACAGUGAAGGCGCUGUCCGGAACAAAACAAGAACAAGAUGAUUUACUGAGAGCGAAGAAACAGCUAGAAAGUGAGCUGGAAAUUCUACGGCAGGAGAAAAGAAAUACGAUGAGUCAGCAGCAGCAGGAGGCCGACCGCCUCAACAAGGAACUGCUGGAGCAGCGAGCAGAGCUGGCCCUCCUUCGCGGCGCCCUGCAGAAUAAAGAGAUGGAGGGAUCUCAUGUGAGCAGCAGCCUGGUCGCUCUGCAGGCGGAGCGGGAAGUGCUGCUCCGUGCCGCCAGAGAGAGGGACGCCGAGCUCUCCUCGCUGAGACAGCAGGCGCAGCAGCAGCAGGGCUCCCUGGACCUGGAGAGAGACCGCACCAACAGAGAGCUGGAGGCGCUGAGAGCUCAGCUGCAGCAACAGCUGGCCAUCAAUGCAGAGCAGAAGCUGGAGAUCGACAGGCUGAGGCGAGAGCUGGACUCAACGCGAGCAGAGCUGACCCGUGCGAACAACGCCCUGAUGAGCAAAGAAAUGAGUGGUACCCAGCUGAGCAGUACAGUAGUUGGGCUGCAGGCGGAGAAGGACGGGAUGCUCCGGUCAAUGAGGGAGCAGGAGGCUGAGCUGAACUCCCUCAGGCAACAAGCUCAGCUCCAGCAGAGCUCCAUGGAGCAGGAGAGGCAGCGCACCAGCAUGGAGCUGGGAAGCUUGCACGCCCAAUUACAGCAGCAGGCCUGUCGUGAGGGGGAGCUGACCCAGAAGCUGCAGGAUGAGCAGUUCUGUCUGCUGCAGUGUGCUGUGGUGGAGGCCGAGGGCAUCAUACUGGACGCUGUGGCCAAACUGGACGACCCCAUUCACGUCCGCUGCAUCAGCUCACCUGAUUACUUGGUGAACCGUGCUGAAAUCACUCUGGCUUCUAUAGACAAGAUGCAGCAGAGCCACACGGUCUACCUGGGAAACAUGAACGAUGCCAGCGGUUUGUUGAGGGCGGUCACUCAGUUUUCCCACCUCGCUGCCGACACCAUCGUCAACGGAGCAGCCACAUCCCACUCCGCCCCCACCGACCAAGCUGACCGUUUAACUGAAAGCUGUCGGGACUGUGCGAAUAACUGCCUUCAGUUUUUGAAGGAUCUGAAGUUCCAGGCCAGUUUACAGAGAGCAGACCCGUCUGCCACACGCUACACUGUUCAACGCAUCCUCGCUUUAGGACAGGAAUUGCGUCCAAAGGGGCAGGAUGUGCUGAAAGAAGAGCUGGGAAGCAUGGUGGACAGAGAGAUGAUCGCUACCUCCACUGCCAUCGAGGAGGCCGUGCUGCGAAUGGACGAGAUAAUGAACCAGGCAAGGAGAGACACUACUGGUGUUAAGCUGGAGGUCAACCAGGGUAUCCUGGGAUCCUGCUCAGACCUGAUGAAGGCCGUUCAUAUGCUGGUGACGGCUUCUACUGAUUUACAGAAAGACAUUGUGGAAGGAGGCAGGGGAGCAGCAUCGGUUCCAGACUUUUAUGCCAAAAACUCUCGCUGGACAGAGGGACUCAUCUCUGCGUCCAAGGCCGUGGGCUGGGGCGCCACACAGCUGCUAGACUCAGCUGACCGGGUUGUGGGUGAAAAUGGUACGUACGAGGAGCUCAUCGCCUGUUCACAUGAGAUCGCCGCCAGCACCGCCCAACUGGUCGCUGCCUCGAAGGUACAGUAA